AUGCAUAAUGUAUGCCUAGGUGUAGUUAAAAAAUUAGUUGAAUUUUGGGUGAAAGGUAAUAAGCAAGUAAGAUUGGAAAAAGAUAAAAAAGAAAAAAUAAAUAAUGAGUUAAAAAAAUUAAGACCUUAUGUACCUUCUGAGAUAUGUCGCUUACCCAGGGGGCUGGAUGAAAUUGAACACUAUAAAGCCACAGAACUUAGAACUUUUUUAUUGUAUACCGGUCAAAUAGUUCUAAAGGGUAACUUAAAAAAAAAGUUUUACUAUCAUUUCCUAUUGUUGGUUUAUGCAAUUAGAAUUUUAAUUUUUUCUGAAACCUAUUCUAAGUAUAAUGAAUUGUCAACUCAGUUUCUAAAGAAAUUUGUUGAUGAUUAUUCCGCAUUAUAUGGUUCUCAUUACAUUUCUUAUAAUGUACAUAGUUUAAUUCACUUGCCAUUUUAUGUUCUUAUUCAUGGUCCAUUAGACAAUUUUAGUUGUUUUCGUUAUGAAAAUUAUUUACAAGAAAUAAAAAAAUCUAUCAAGUCAAUCAAAUAUCCUCUUCAAGAAAUCUUCAAUAGAAUAGUAGAAAAACAAAAAAUGUAUGAUACACUUCCUGCUCAAUUACAUAAACAAUAUCCUGUCUUAAGCAAUGAAAUAAUACACAGUAAUCCUUCACCUCUCUUUAAUAUAAAUGAUAAACUUUUUGAAAAAAUCACUUUAGAACAAACAAAUACAAUUAUCAAUGUUCUUAAAGAAAAAUAUAGAUACAUAAUGCUUACUAAUAACACUCUUGUUAUGGUUCAGCAUAUUGUUCAACCGAAAAAUAAACCUCCUAAUUUAAUUGUAAAACAGUUCAUCAGCUGUUCUGAAUUUACUAAUACACCAGAAUCUUCAUUCAAAAUCGGGGUUUACAUGGUUGACACUUCUAAAAUGUCUGAAUUAUAUUGUAUUAAUUUAACUGAUAUAAAAUACAAAUGUUUUUUUAUUAGUCUAUCCGACAAUUUGGCAUUAAUCUCAACACUUUGUCAUUCAGAGACUUAA